GUGGGUGGGCCCGUUAAGCCCCACGUGCUCCUUGUUUCAGGGCUCCUCGCGCAUCCUCAUUGCUUCAAGCGAACCCAGUAACGUUGAGGCCGAAAAACGAGUGUGUUAUCGCCCCGCGGAGCUCGGUGACCGACACACACACACACCCCAUGCUGCUGGAGCCGUGCUUUUAACUCGCCCAGAGGCGGAGAGGGAGGUGAGAGAUGCGGGCGCCGCGUUUGAAAGUAACCCCGCUGUCGUGUUUGUCUGCGCUGUCAACAACAGUCCUGCUGCAGCUCCGCUCACGCCUCUUUUCAGUUCAUUUAACGGCGCUGCACCGAGGAAAUCACUAGGACUAUGUGAGCAUCAUGCUCGCUGUGAGAUGCCUGCUGUUCGCUGCAGUGUGUGCACGGUGCGCCGUGACAGGUCUGAGGGAAUGGGUGAGUCUGGAGGGAAAGCUGCCGCCUGCAGAGGAGGUUGUUCGGCCCAAGCGGCUCCUGCAACAGAUCCACUCCCAGGAGGAGCUGCUCCACAGCCGCCUGGACACCCGGGUCAAGAACUACACAGCCGGGGUGCAGCCUGUCCAUCUGGCCCAGAGCAGCUUCUUGGUGGAGGCCUUCGGCGCAUCCUUCAUCCUUGACCUGGAACUCAACCACAACCUCCUGUCUACAGACUAUGUGGAGCGUCACUAUGACGAGGAUGGGCAACUGUCACAGAAUAUGGGAGGAGAGCAUUGCUACUACCAUGGGCGUGUGCGGGGGCUGCCGGGCUCCUGGGCUGCUCUGUCAACCUGCCACGGCCUACGGGGGAUGUUUUCUGACGGGAAUUUCUCAUACGGGAUUGAACCUGUUGGCAGUGGCGAGGAGCAGAUUGACCACAUUGUGUAUCGUAUGCCGGACAUCAACCUCUUUCCACCUCCCUGUCCAGGAUGCUCCGUGAACAGCACAGAGCCUGAGGGGCAGACAGACGGCCACAAUGAAGGAGACGGCGAGCUGAAGGAUGGAGACGAGUGGUCUGACGAGGAGAAGCCUGUCUUUACAGCAGGCCUGAGACGCUCAAAAAGACAAGUGCGGCGAGGCCAGCGCACCGUCCAGACUGAGACCAAGUACAUCGAGCUGAUGGUGGUAAACGACCACGAACUGUUUGUUCAGCUCCGUCGGUCGGCCACUCAGACGAAGAACUUUGCCAAAGCGGUGGUGAACAUGGCCGAUGCGAUCUACAAGGAGCAGCUCAACACUCGCAUCGUCCUGGUGGCCAUGGAAACCUGGUCUUCUGAAAACAGGGUCUCUGUGGGCGAUGACGCCUUGCUUACCCUGCGCGACUUCAUGAAGUACAGGAAGGAGAGCAUCAAGGAACGCUGUGACACUGUUCACCUCUUCUCUGGGAGGACGUUCAUGAGCAGCCGCAGCGAGGCGGCCUACAUCGGGGGCAUCUGCUCACUCACCAGGGGUGGAGGCAUCAAUGAGUUUGGCAGUGUGGGCCCCAUGGCCAUCACAUUGUGUCAGAGUCUUGGCCAGAACAUUGGCAUGCUGAGAAACAAAGAGCGACCUGCUGCAGGAGACUGCAGGUGUCCAGACCCAUGGCUGGGCUGUAUCAUGGAGGAUACAGGUUACUACCUGCCCAGGAAGUUCUCUCGCUGCAGUAUAGAUGAGUACCUGCGCUUCCUCCAACAGGGAGGAGGCAGCUGUCUCUUCAACAAGCCCAGCAAGUUGUUGGAUCCACCAGAGUGUGGGAAUGGAUUUGUGGAGCUGGGAGAGGAAUGUGACUGUGGAUCACUGGUGGAGUGUGCACGGAGUGGAGCCAACUGCUGUAAGAAGUGUACCCUUACCCACAAUGCCAUGUGCAGCAACGGGCUCUGCUGCAGGGACUGCAAGUACGAGCUGAGAGGGGCGACGUGCCGUGAUGCUGUUAACGACUGUGACAUUCCUGAGACCUGCACAGGAGACUCCAGCCAGUGUCCUCAUAAUGUCCACAAACUGGAUGGCUACAUGUGUGAUGCUGGACAGGGUCGCUGUUAUGGAGGUCGCUGUAAGACCAGAGAUGGCCAGUGCAGGACUCUGUGGGGCUACAACUCCGCUGACAGGUUCUGCUAUGAAAAGCUGAACUCGGAAGGCACAGAGAAAGGAAACUGUGGCCCGGACUCCAGUGGUCAGGGAUGGAUGCAGUGCAACAAGCAAGACGUUCUGUGUGGUUUGCUGCUGUGCACAAAUCUGACAGCUAAGCCGAGGUUUGGUGAACUGCAGGGGAAGCUCACCAGUCUGACCAUCCACCAUCAGAACAGAUACAUGGACUGCAGGGGCGGCCAUGCAGUGCUGGAUGAUGGCUUGGAUCUAGGCUACGUAGAGGACGGGACGCCAUGCGGGCCAAACAUGAUGUGUUUGGAGCGUCGCUGCCUCCCUGUCACCACCUUCAACCUCAGCACCUGCCCGGGCUCCUCGUCCUCACGCAUCUGCUCCCAUCACGGGACUUGCAGUAAUGAGGUGAAGUGUAUCUGCGAUCCAGACUACACUGGGACAGACUGUAGCGUGUUUGACCCGAUCCCCAUCCCCACCCCGCCAGAGGGCCCAGAGAAAUACAGAGGUCCCAGUGGUACCAAUAUCAUAAUAGGUUCGGUUGCUGGUGCAAUUCUGGUGGCAGCGAUAGUCCUGGGGGGAACUGGCUGGGGAUUUAAAAACAUCCGAAGAGGAAGAUCUUCGGGAGUCUGAGUCAUAUCUCUUUGCUGUCCUGUCUACCUUACACUGUGUGCAGUCCGCUCUGAGGAGACAAAAAAAAAAAGAUGUCUUCCACUUACGUGCCCUCAGACCUUUUCUGUUUCCUUCUUUGAUUUAAUUAGUAUUCUCCUCCUGGAAAGUCGAAUCAUUAUCUUUUUUAACUGCAGUAUGGAAGCCCUGAGGAGACAUUCCCACUAGAUCUGAACGGCUGUCAGGGAUUAUCUGGUUACAAAUGUCUAAAUAGAUAUCAUCUCUUUUUUUGUUUUGUUUUCCAGGACACACACACAGCCCUUAACUGAAGUGUGAACUCAUUACAGCUGUUCUUCUGCCAUAUUGACUGUUAUUAUGCUUUUUACCCCUUUAAGUGAUUUCAUGGAAGAAGGCCAUGUUCUUGUCCUCGUCUGGACUUUUUUUGGGGAAGCCUUCUGUUAAUACACAUAUUUAACCUCAUGGAGAACACAACCACCUCCUUUCAGUGGUGUGACUUUAACUGCAAUAGAAGUGUAUAAAUAUCACCAAAUAGUGAAUGUUGACAUUUUAUCUGUCUAGAUAAAGGUUACUUUUUUGUGCUAGGCCUUUACAUUCCACAGUAAUAGUCAUACUUUCUUCUCUUAUGCUGCCUUUCAUUAUCAAACAGUAUCCCAUCCUAAAUCCAAUGCUUCUACAUAUGCAUCAAUGUAUGAAUGCAUAGUUCAGGCCUGCAAUGAAGCUUGUUGUGUCUCUGUGCUGAUGACAUCAAAGUACUUUAUACUUUCCUGCAGCCAAGCACAUGAACACAGUGAAUGUUUUAUCCCGCUGUAUGAUAUGUAAUCCAUAUACAACCAAUAUGCAUACAAGUAUGCUGAACAUGGGUGCUGAUGUACAUAGUGUAUCAUAUGGUUGACUCAUUUAGACAGCAGUGACUCACUGCCGCUCUGAGUGGAAGCACAAGUCUGGAGAGAGAAGACUCUUCCUGCCUCUCAGCAUAAAACUGCUUAUUUUGAAGAUUGAAUUAGCAAGAGGGGAUUCAAAUCUUUGCAGUUUCAGGGAAGUCUGAGCUCCUCUUGGUGGCUACAUGCCUGAUCAUCUGGGCCACAGAGAAGAUGUGUGAGUGUUGUAUGUUUCGUACAUGCUUCUGUGAGAUUUUCAAAUUUCAAGCUGCAAAAUUAUGACCUAGAUCACAGAUUUCCAAGAUCAGAUUUAACACAGGAUCGCCCUCGAUUCCACAUAUAUACAUAAAUUAUAAUGUGCAUAGCUGAGGUAAUAGUACAAAUGGCAAAAAAUUUGAUUUUGAAACAGCUUAAGAUAAUUUAGUCCAAUUCUGCAGCUUUUAUGUGCAUUACUCUCCAUUUAAAUCAGAUUUAGUUGGUUGUUAUGAUAUACAAAGACUGCUUGGGAAGCUUUGUUUUACCAAUAACAAUGAGAGACUGUGCAAUAGCACAAGUGCCAGAAGAGGAUCCAAGUUGCACUGCCAGUCAACCUACAGUAGCAUUAGAGGAUUAUGUUGCCAUUUUGAGUCACAGGAUUCUGUCUGGGAAAGGUCUAGUUAAUCAAUAAAAAAGCUUAAUAACAUUCCUGAUUGACAAAAAUGAGUGCAGUUAGUCGUAGAAAUUAGUUUUUGAAGACAAGAUGCGGCUUAUUCUGACUUUAAACAGCAGGAGAGGUGCAGAUUUUCUCAGAAUUUGUCAGCACAGACUAAAUUUUAAAUGUCAUUGCAUCCAUUUAAUCAUACUUGAACUCUAUUCAGUAUACGUGCUGUAUAAAAUCUAAUACUCAAGGACAGACUUGGCUGAAAGCUCAGGUCGCACUGUGUUUACUGCCACUGUUUGUGAUCACACAUUGUAGUUGGACUCGUCAAAGGCUUUUGGCACCAUUAACACAUGGAAGUCAACAAUGUUUAGUCCUACAGGAAGGUAACCAGUAUUAGCUUUCUAUGUAAAUACUCAUUAUUGUGUAUUAAAGUACAUAUUUAAAACA